AAGAAAAAAGCUAAUUCAAAUUCUGCCAAAAAAAAAAAAAGCUAAUUCAAAUAGCUUUAUCCAAAAAAUGAAAAGCUUAAUUCAAAGAAAAUAUAUAUAACACUGUAAACUACAAUAUUACUAGUAUUUCACAAACUUUUGUACUUAUUUUGAACAAUAGCUUCUCACAAGUUGAAAUAGGAAGAUUAAGUGAAGAGAUAAUUUUGACUAGAAUUAGAAUCCAUACGUUUCACGGGAAAAGAAAUAGAAAUGGAUUUGAGUUACUUGGUAAGCGAUGAUCGCGUGGAUAGGCAUGGUAAGAUUGCUGAUAAACGAACAACAGGAGGAUGGAAGGCAGCUCCGUAUAUCAUAAUGAACGAGGUGAUAGAGAGGUUGGCGUUCUUUGCAAUUCUAGUGAACAUAGCGCAUUACUUGGUAAAACAAAUGCAUCAAACGAUUCCAGAUGCUAAUACUCAUGUCACUGACUGGAUUGGAGCUGCUUAUGUCCUCACUCUCUUUGGAGCUUUUCUAGCAGAUGCUUACUUGGGUCGCUUCAGAACCAUCGUUGUUUUCUCUGCCAUCUAUGCUGUGGGGAUGGUUUUGCUCACAAUUUCGGCCUCCUUCCACACAUUGCGCCCGCAACCGGGCAAGGAAGCAAGCAAUUACCAAAUAUCAUUGUUGUAUGGUGCACUUGGCCUCAUUGCCUUGGGUACAGGAGGAAUAAAACCUUGUGUGUCCUCCUUUGGUGCAGACCAAUUUGAUGAGGGAGAUGAAAAAGAACUACAAAAGAAAUAUGCAUUCUUCAAUUGGUUUUUCUUUGCCAUCACCAUGGGUGCAGUUCUUGGAAAAACCCUAUUGGUUUAUAUACAAGAAAAAGUAGGGUGGGGUGUGGGUUUUUUAAUACCAACAGCUACUACGAUAUUGUCUAUUAUUGUCCUAGUUGCUGGUGUUCCGCAUUAUCGUUUUCAAAAGCCAAUGGGAAGCCCUUUCACUAGGUUUUUUCAGGUUAUCGUAGCCUCUAUCAAGAAACAUCGGAGAGGAGUCUCAGUAGAUAAUGAAACUCCUCUCUACGAGGUUGAAACCACUUACUCUGACAUUAUUGGCGCACGCAAGCUUCGUCACACUAGACAAUACAGGUUUUUUGAUAAAGCAGCAGUUAUCACAGAAAAAGACACAAUUAGCAACAGAUGGUCUGUAUGCACAGUUACUCAGGUUGAAGAAUUCAAAUCCUUCAUUAAUGUCCUUCCGGUAUGGGCAUCGACCAUAGCUCUUUAUAUUUCUGCGGCUCAAAUGACAACCUACUUUCUAAGUCAAGCCAAACUCAUGAACCGAAAACUAGGAAACCACUUUGAAAUCCCACCAGGCUCAGUUGCCGUCUUUACUUCCAUCAACGGUGUCAUGCUUGUACCCAUCUAUGAAAAAAUCAUAAUCCCAAUUCUUCGAAAAUUCACUGGCCACCACCGCGGCAUCACAUCUCUACAACGGAUGGGAGUUGGACUUUUCAUCUCAAUCAUCGCUAUGACUUCAGCUGCAUUGGUUGAACAGACAAGACGCGAACACUAUCCAGAAACAAACAGCAUGAGUGUAUUUUGGUUGUUGCCUCAAUUCUUUCUAAUAGGUACUGCUGAAGUUUUUACUUAUGUAGGACAAUUGGAGUUUUUCUACGAUGAGGCAACAGACGGAACAAAAAGUAUUAGUAGUGCUGUGUUUUUGUCCGAGGUUGGAAUUGGAAGUUGGUUGAGUACUGCAUUGGUGAAGAUUGUUAUAGCUGCGACCGGGGGACAACAAAAAGGGUGGUUAAGGAGUGAUAAUCUUAAUUAUAGCAGGUUGGAUUGGUUCUAUUGGAUUCUAACAUGUCUCAAUGCUAUCAAUUUCUUGGUUUAUUUGUUGGUGGCUAAAUGUCACAAAGGGAAAGAAUUGGCUGCGAGAGACGAGAAAAUGGUUGAAUUAAGCCAAGGCCAACAUACACAACCGUGACAAUAGAACAAUUUCUUCUUCUUAAUCUAUUAUAUUAUGCAAAAUUAUAUACAGUAGAACAAUUUCUUGUCAGUUAUAUGUGUGAUGCUUGGAAUUGAUAACAUCAUAAACUUGUCCAUCAUACCCUUCUUAUGCAUCAAAAUGCUUGAUAUUUUAGGGAACAUUUGAAAAAUCUUAUUCUU